UCCGCCGCCAGGCACGUGACCGGAAGGGCGCCUCCUCUUGGGAAAGGUCACGGGGGCUGAGGGCGGGGUGAGCGCGAGGAGUCCGACCCGGAACAGCAACCGACCCCCACGUCUCUGAGGCGCCCCCGGUAGCAGGUGACGGGCGGGCGGGCGAAGCCGCGGGGCCGAGGAUGGUCUCCGCCAAGCGGCUCGCGGACGCCGGGUACAAGGCCUUCUCCGGCUCCAUGAUGCUGCUGACGGUCUACGGGGCCUACCUGUGCAGCGCCAGAGUCUACCGGUACUUCCAGCGCCAGAGGGCCCUGCGGCAGCUCGAGCAGAGCCCGCCCGGCGCGGGGAUCGCCGAGGACUGACUCCCGCUCUCCGGCCGAGUCCGCCUGCGGCAGGAAUCAGGUAGCAAGUGCGACCCGUCUACAUCCCAGAUGCGGGCCAGCGUAGAGCAUUCGGGGUUUUCCUCCCGCGCACUCAGGGGUCUUGUUUCUCUGCCCUAGCGAGACGUUACAAAGUAACUCUGUGUAAGCGUCUGUCAUCAUCAUGUGAUAAUUAAAUAUUUUACUUAUUUC